CAAUAUGCGUAUAAGAUGUUUGUAAUCCGGUUUACAAAUCAUCGUCUUAAACUUUUGUCCGCUACUGUAUUUGCAGUGUAUGGAACGGAUUUAGAGGAUGAUUUGAAAAGCGAUACUUCUGGCUAUUUUAAGAGGCUGUUAGUUUCACUUUCAUGCGCCAAUAGAGAUGAAAAUCCUCAAGUUGACGAACAAGCUGCAAUGCAAGAUGCCGAAAGAUUACUUGCAGCUGGUGAGGAACAAUGGGGAACAGACGAAAGUACUUUUAAUGCUAUUCUCAUUACGAAAAGUUUCCCUCAACUACGAAAAAUUUUUGAGGAAUAUGAACGCCUUGCUGGUCACAGCUUAGAAGAAGCUAUUAAGACAGAAUUUUCCGGAUCAGUCGAAGACGGCUAUCUUGCAGUUGUCAGGUGUGCACGAGAUAAAACUGCAUAUUUUGCGGAGAGAUUAUACAAAGCAAUGCGUGGAUUAGGUACAGAUGACUCGACAUUGAUACGCAUAAUCGUAGCUCGAUCGGAAAUCGAUUUAGGAGAUAUUAAGGAUACUUAUCAAAAAAUGUAUGGACAAUCGCUUGCAGGUGAUAUCGAUAGUGAUUGCACUGCUGAGUGGAAAAGACUUCUGAUUGCGAUGUUGAAUUAAAAAUAGAUUUAUUCGAUAAAAGUCGUUGAAACAAUACCCUUGUAUUACGAUAAAAAACAAACUACAUAUUCAUUGUAUAAGAUUGAGAAGUAAUUUGGAGUUUAAGGAAUAAAUUACCAAUGAUAUUAAAAAGUUAAGGAAUUUAAUGCAGCCCAAAUUUUCAACGGAUAUUAAUGUUAUAGCGCACAGAUUGUAAAAUAGAAUUAUUGAAUAACAUUUAGUAAUUAUGUUAGAUUGGUAAUAAUGAAAUAAUAAGAUAAUAAUAAGAAAAAUGGAAUAAUGGUAAUCGAGCAGCUGAAACGUGAGUGAUACAGAAUAAUUUUCAUAACGUUCGAUAUAUCUUAUUUAUUAAAUGUUUUUCCUAUUGUAGUAUAGAACCAAUGUUUAUUUCUCAAUACUCCACAGCAGAGUAUUCGACGACAGUUGUCGGAUUUGAGAAGUAUAAAAAAUAAAAUGAAAAUGAAGAGUAAUAGAAUUGCGUUUCAA